UAAAAAAAAAAACAAAUGGCCUCUCAUUCGUUUGGCUCACCUCUUAUUUGUAGAAAUGGCCCUCUUGGAAGCAUGCAAAACCAAAAACGGCGUCUUACUCCUCCACGUUUGGCGCCUUGCCCCGUCGUUGCUGAAACCGUGUCAGCGGAGGAUGGCGUUGUCCGUCGGUCCGGAAACUAUCGGCCUUCUCUAUGGGACGAGAACUAUAUCCAUUCUCUCGGGAACAAAUACGCCAAACAAAGCGAAGUCCAAGAGAGAGCUAAGUUAUUGAAGGAAGACGUGAGGAAGAUGCUAAAUGAAAUCGAAGGUCCUGUCAAACAGCUCGAGCUCAUCGACACUCUACAAAGGCUCGGACUUUCACAUCAUUUUCAUCAUGAAAUCAAAAGUAUUUUGAUGGAAAUAUACACCGUAAGACAAGAAAACGACAGAAUAAGUCGGAAAAUUGAAGAUUUACAUGCAAUAGCGCUCGAAUUUCGUCUCCUUAGACAACAUGGCUUUAGUGUCUCACAAGAUGUUUUCGAUGUUAUCAAGAACGAUAAGGAAUAUGAGACAUUUAUAAACGGUUUAGACAACGGUGCCAAAGGCCUGCUCUUGCUCUCGCUAUACGAAGCUUCGUAUUUAUCGACCAAGUCAGAUACAAAACUGCAGGAGAUUCGAUCUUAUUCGGUGAAGAUACUAAGAGAAUUUGUUUCCGAAGCCGAAAAAACAGAUGAGAACGAAUCGUAUAUUAACGAGAUGGUGGUCCGAUCGUUGGAGAUGCCAUACCACUGGAGAACACAAAGGUUAGGAGCAAGAUGGUACAUAGAUGUCUACGGAAAGACAAAGGACAUGAACCCUCUUUUGCUAGAAUUUGCCAAACUUGAUUUCAACAUCACGCAGGCUUCUCACCAAGAAGACCUCAAACACGCCUUCAGGUGGUGGAACAACACAGGGCUCAAACAACUUCAUUUUGUGAGAGAUAGAAUUCUUGAGAAUUAUUUCUGUAACGUUGAAAUAUUCCAUGAACCUCAAUUUGUGUACCAUCGCCAAAAACAAACCAUUGUCAAUGCGUUGAUUGUAACCAUUGAUGACAUCUACGAUGUUUACGGCACAACAGAAGAACUUCACCGCUUCACCGAGGUGAUCCGAAAGUGGGAUGUGAACCUUCUCGAUGAACUUCCAGAAUAUAUGAGGUUGUGUUUUCUCGUGUUGUACAAUGAGAUCAAUCAGAUCGGACAUGACAUUCUUAGAGAGAAAAAGUUCAAUGUCAUCCCUUACCUUAAGAAAGCAUGGGCUGACUUUGCGGAAGCAUGUCUGAAAGAAGCAGAGUGGUAUGAGGAUGGACACAAACCUCGUUUGAAAGAGUACAUUGAGAAUGCUUGGGUCUCGGCCGGCGCCUCUAUUAUAUUGAUCCACUCUUGCUGUCUGCUGUCCGACCGCCUCUCCAAGGAAACCUUAGACACUUUCUCCGAACGUGGUGACUCCAUUGUCCGAUCCUCCUCCGUCAUCCUUCGCGUUGCAAACGAUUUGGCCACUUCAUCGGAUGAGUUGGAAAGAGGGGACGUUCUGAAAUCGGUGCAGUGUUAUAUGAAUGAGACGGGAGUCUCAGAGAAGGAGGCGCGUGAACACAUGGUGGGAGUGAUAUGCCAUGCAUGGGACGUGAUGAAUGACAUGAUGAUGAUGACGAUGACGACACACAGUUCUUCACUCGAUGGCCGUUUUCUCCAAACAGCGCUCGAUCUGGCACGCAUGGCACAGUGCACGUACCAAUAUGGCGAUGGCCAUGGCUGUCCUGACCAGGCAAAGACCAUUGACCGUGUCCAUUCAUUGCUCUUCAACCCUGUUCCACUCGAUCAACCAAUGCUUUGAUUGUUGAAUUGUAUACGUAUUCCAUAUAUAAAGGUUUCCCUUGUACGUCAAAUAAUAUUAUUAAAAAAAUCAAGACCAAAAUGUUAGAGUUUUUUAAAAUUAAAUGA